AUGUCCGCUCAGAAUAAUGACUACGCUAUUGGCUGGAUCUGUGCUCUUAGUACAGAGCUCGUUGCUGCACAAGUCUUCCUCGACGAAAAACACGAAGGGCCAGAAUAUGUGUCCCAGAGAGAUAACAACAGCUACACGCUGGGCAGGAUCGGGUUACAUAAGGUUGUCGUUGCUGUCUUGCCAGACGGCGAGUAUGGCAUAGCGUCAGCAGCAAGCGUCGCGACAGAUAUGCUGCACAGCUUUCCUAACAUCAGGCUUGGUCUGAUGGUCGGCAUUGGCGGUGGCGCUCCAAGCAGAGAGCAUGAUGUCCGUCUCGGCGACGUUGUAGUGAGCACUCCUCGCGACGGGAGUGGAGGUGUGCAUAGAUGGGCAACCUGUAAACAUGAUAAGCAGGAUAAGGAAUCGCUUAUGCGGUUGCCCAUCUAUGGAGGUGUGUUUCAAUACGACUUUGGCAAGACGAUACAAGACCAGAGUUUCCGAACAACAGGGUUCUUGAAUCAGCCCCCACGAACCCUGCUAGCAGCGGUGAAUGCACUCAAGGCAGAUUACGAGGCAGAGGGACAUCAUUUCGAGAGCGCUAUUGACAGCAUCCUAAAUAGGAGGCCAAGGCUUCGGAAGAAGUACAUGCGGCCGGAUCCAAGCGCUGACCGGCUGUAUCAAAGCGAGAUCAUUCAUCUUCCAAACUACGGAGCCAGCUGUGUUGCAACCUGUGGCGAAGAUCCAUCAGUCUUGGUAUCGCGACCUGGAAGGACUGAAGGGCAGGACAAUCCGGCGAUUCACUAUGGCUUAAUUGCCUCGGCGAGCCAGCUGAUGAAGGAUGCGUCUGUGAGAGAUAAGUUGGCAGCGGAGAAGAAUGUUCUGUGUUUCGAAAUGGAGGCGGCCGGUUUAAUGAACAACUUCCCCUGUUUGAUUAUACGUGGUGUGUGCGAUUACUCGGAUUCGCAUAAAAACAAGGAGUGGCAAGGGUAUGCAGCGAUGGUGGCAGCUGCGUAUGCGAAGGAUCUCCUCCGUAAGAUCCCUCCGAGUAAAGUCGAGGCUGAGAAGAAAAUCAGCGAGAUACUAUCUUCUGUUGAGCAAAAUGUAUGCGAGGUACGUCGGGACGUCGAGGGACUGGCACGCUCACAUCGGCGGACCGGCCUCUAUCGCUGGCUGUCGCCACCCGAUUCGUCAGCAAACUAUAACAAAGCAUUGCGACAGCGCCAGGAUGGCACAGGCUCUUGGCUCUUUCAAAGCGAUGAAUUUGCGGCGUGGCAAUCGCAAAGACAUUCUUUCUUGUGGCUUUAUGGCAUACCAGGAUGCGGCAAGACUAUUAUCAGCUCUACUGCCGUGGAGUAUCUUCAGAGCCUUCCUACCAAACCCUUGCUCUACUUCUACUUCGACUUCACCGAUACCAGGAAGCAGACUCUUGAAGGCGUUGUCCGUUCUCUUAUCAAUCAACUAUACUGCACGUGUAAGGAUACUCAAGGGCCGUUAGAUGCGCUCUUUUCCUCUUCUCAGGACAGAAACACGCAGCCAAGUAUCGACUCGCUUUGUAACGUCCUGCUGCGAAUGAUCGAUCGAAUACAAGAGGUCUGGAUCGUUCUGGAUGCGCUUGAUGAGUGUGUUGAACGCAAAGGGGGUCGAACGGAGGGGUUGCUCUCAUGGAUACAAGACCUUGUGAAUUUUGAGCAAAGGAACGUGCAUUGCCUCGUCACAAGUCGACCAGAGCAGGACAUCCAAGCAACACUAUACGGCUUAGUUAGUGAGAACAGUAAAAUCUGCAUCCAGAGCGACCUGAUUAAUGGCGACAUAUCUGUAUACAUUCACAACAGAGUCAGGGAGGGCGAAGGAUUAAAGAGAUGGCGGCAGCAAGCGGAUGUCCAGCAAGAGAUUGAGGACGAACUCAAGGAGAAGGCGAAUGGCAUGUUCAGAUGGGUGGCGUGUCAAAUUGACGCCCUAGAGGACUGCUUGGACUACCGCACCCUUAGGAGCGCGCUUGCUUCACUCCCGAGAACGCUGGACGAGACUUACACAAGAACAUUGAAUGCGAUUCCAGACAGCUACAAACCAACCGCGCUAAGGAUACUCCAGUUCCUAACGUUUUCAGAAGGACCUUUAAGGGUCGAGGAAGCCGUUGAUGCAAUAGCCGUAGACUCUGAUCAGAGUCCAUACUUUUCCCCCAAAAAUCGAAUGCCCGCACCCCAAGAGAUCACGCGGUACUGCUCAAGCUUGGUGAUUAUGGUGACGAAGCAUUCCGGGACUGGAUAUCAAAAGGACGACUACUUUGAGCUCCAACUAGCUCACUUUUCAGUUAAGGAGUUUUUAGCAUCGACUCGAACGGACGGCAACAUUAGGAACGUCUUCGAAGACGCUGUAGCCAGUGCAUCUAUAGCAAGGGUUUGUAUUGCAUAUUUGCUGCAGUUCGAGAACGAUCUUCCGCUUGAGGUAGUAAGGAAGGCGUUCCCGUUUGCAUUGUACUCAGCGAAGUAUUGGAUGGACCAUGCACGAGUUGCCGAAGACGGAGAUAGAGAAGAUACUGAGUUAGUCAAGCAACUUCUCUGUCAUCAAAAAAGCUCAUACAACUUAUGCUACAGUCUCUAUCGUCCGGAUCAGCAUUGGAAUCACAGGUUCGACGAAAUUGUAGAUGCGCCAGCUUCUGCAAUUUACUAUAUGGCAUUUGGAGGCUUGCAUAAGGCAGUAGAAAUGUUACUCAAGAGUGGUGCCGACGUCAAUGCACAAGGUGGAGUCUACGGCAACGCACUCCAGGCGGCUUCAACUAGAGGCCACGAGGCGGUGGUCAAGAUGCUGCUCGACAGGGGCGCCGAGGUCAACGCGCAGGGUGGAGAGUACGGCAACGCACUAUCAAGAUGGGCGAUGAAGACAGUGAUCAUGUGA